AUGAAUAAAUUUUUAAUUCUUCUUAUUUUUGUUAUUGCUUUAUUAAGUGGUAAUCUAGCUCAAUACUACGACUUAGACGACAGUUAUGAAUUAAGUAGUGAAUCUGAUAGCCAAGAAGAUAAAGAUCUAGGAGAUUAUGUAGAACUAAAACAACUUGAUGAUGAUUAUGAUGCUGAAGAAUUAGAACCAAAUGACGAUAAUGUUUAUGAUGAAGAUAUGGAAGAUGACGAAGAUACUUACAGUGAAGAUGAUUCAGAAGAAUGUAAAGAUUGUGAAAAUUAUGCUGGUGAAUUUUUAUUUGAUGAAGAUGAUCUUAGCAACGAAGAUUCAGAACAAGAUGAUACUGAUGAUUAUAGCCCAUCAUAUGAAGAAGGUAGUUAUAGUGACGAAGAUUUAGAAUAA